UCCUUGCGACGCGCUUCCUCUCCAGGCUCCACCAGGCGCCUCUCCGGGCUUGAGCAGCUCGCCGCUGAGCGCGGCGUGAUUUGCAAGUCAUCUGCCCAGCCGGGCGUUCAUUAUGCACACAGGAACGUGGCUCGUCGGCAGAGGAGCCGAUUAAAGGACGCGCCGCCGGUCCCUCGUCGCCACUGGCGAAAAAAGCGGACGUCUGAGGACUGCUUUUAGAUGGACGCGGGGCAGCUAGAAGAUGGAUCCCGAUAUCUCCCUCAUGUUCCAGUGUACGGCCCCAGUGGGCAUCUCCGAGUGUCAAGUCCAAGCUGAACUUUCCCCUCAGUAUGACCGACACCAGCUACCUGGCGACCGGGUCCAGAUUGAGACUGCUUGGGCGGCACGGCGGCAGCAGAACCCGUGGCUCUUCGACGGGGCCAAAUUCCGGCUCCACUCGAUCAAGCAGGAGGGAGGUGUCUUAGUUUUUCGCCUCGGCCUCACCUCCUACAAGGACUUUGUGGGAACCAAUUUGGCCCACAGAGUUGAGCAGUUGCGGCAACAGGGGCAUGAAGAUUUUGGUAACAGCCAGGCCUACCUUGCCGACCCCCUGGGGGUGGGUGCCAUGCUGCACACAACGGAUGAUAAGUUCGUCUUGUUGCGGCGCAGUCUGCAUGUAGGAGAGGCACCUGGGAAGGUUGACAUUCCCGGGGGGCAUCCUGAACCACAGGUUGUGGCUGGAAAUGCUGUCUCAGAGGGAUCCAUCUGCCAUCAGGACCUCCCGAAAGAACUGGUGGUGAAAGAGUUGUUUUCCUCUGUGUUGCGGGAGAUUCAGGAUGAGGUUAACCUUCCCCUGCCCACCCUGAGCAGCCCGGUGUUGCUGGGGAUAGCUCGGAAUGAGACUAGUGGGGGCCGGGCCAGUGCCGAAUUCUACGUCAGGUGUAGCCUUACUUCUGAGGAAGUGCAGCAUAACUAUGCCAUUGGGGGCCCUGAAGCCCAAGAGUCGACUAGCGCCAUGUUUGUCACGAGAGAGAACAUCCUAACGACGGAGCAGAAUGGGGACCUGUGGAAGGAACUGUGCCCUUCAGCCAAAGGGGCCAUAAAACUCUACACAGAAGUGAUGGGCCUGUGCCAGUGACGUGACCACCCAGAAGAAACAGUAGGAGGAAACGAGUGACUCAGGGACCAAUCAGGAUUUCUUUAUGUUUUCUGGCCCAGAAUUGCCAGCUGUUUGUUGGCACAGCUGGAAUAUUACUCUAGGAGUAUGUAUAGUGGGCCUCCCCUCCAGCCACCUUGAAGCUGAAUGGGCUAACUUCUUCCUUGUGCCUUGCCAGUCCUGCUGCUACCGCUGCCGUGCCUACUAGUCACCCACCUCAAUAAAAUCUUUAAAAAACUUCUUACA